UAUGUCUGGACGUGGCAAGCAAGGAGGCAAAGCUCGCGCCAAGGCCAAGACUCGCUCCUCGCGGGCCGGGCUCCAGUUCCCCGUGGGCCGAGUGCACCGCUUGCUCCGCAAGGGCAACUACUCCGAGCGGGUCGGGGCCGGCGCGCCGGUGUACCUUGCGGCGGUGCUGGAGUACCUGACGGCUGAGAUCCUGGAGCUCGCGGGUAACGCGGCCCGCGACAACAAGAAGACGCGCAUCAUCCCGCGCCACCUGCAGCUGGCCAUCCGCAACGACGAGGAGCUCAACAAGUUGCUGGGUAAAGUCACUAUUGCUCAGGGCGGCGUUCUGCCCAACAUCCAGGCGGUGCUGCUGCCCAAAAAGACCGAGAGCCACCACAAGGCCAAGGGCAAGUAGAAGUGGUCCAGUUGUAAAGAAUCCGCCUUCCAAUUCAGGGGACACGGGUUCGAUCCCUGGUCAGGGAAAUAAGAUCCUACAUGCCACAUGCUGCUGGACAACUAAGCCCACGCUCUGCAACUAGAGAGAGAAAACCGGCACGCCACAACUAGAGAGAAGCCCGCGCGCCGCAACGAAAGAUCCCGAGCACCGCAACUAAGACCCGACGCAGCCAAAAAAUAAAAAUAAAUAAAUUAAGAAAAGAAAGUCAUCUGCAUUACUUGAGUUUGUAUAUUUUAAACAACUAUAUCUCAGAAGUAGAACGGUCAAGUAGAGUAAGUGAUACAGCUCCAAGGAAGGCCUAUGAGUUCUUUCAAUUUUUAAUAAUAAAAUAUGCUGUUGUUAUCGUUAUUGAUAUUGAUCAUGCAAUUACUAACGCUUGCUUAUUGCAUCAU